UGGCUCUGAGUCCUCAACGGACUAGGCUCCUUGACACUCGUCGUGCCCCAAUCAUCUUGCGCACAUCGGCCAAUUUGCCAUUGCACUCACUCAUGCCGCCACCCACGACGAUUUCCCACACGACGACGACGACGACGACGACGACGACUGGUGAGCACCAGCUCUAGUAAGGAGCAUACACGCAAUCAUGUCCAACCCAUUGGUUUCACCAACACUGGAGCAUAGAUCGCUCCUAGCACGGACAGCUGCAUCCAACAAUGCGAGCGCCAGCUCUAGCAGCUCCUCAUCAUCACCGGCAGCUGCUCCACUUGCGCCCCUUUCAUCAUCCUCAAUCAUCAAUGGCAGCGGCCCAUCAUCUGCACCCAACUCCCAUGCUAGAGCAUAUCUCGACGCCAUCUCACCACCAGCGCGUCGUCUAGCUCUGCAGCGCACCUCUUCCUCGGUCAGCUACAAGCCCCAGAAGCCUAGCUCUCUCGCAGCUUCCGUCGCUGGAUCUGAGCAUGACGAUGAUGACGACGAGGAAGACGAAGACGAAAGACAAGAUGAUCAUGAGGCACGACGUCGUCGCAGUCAAUCAUCGAGUCGAGCAGGUACCAGCGGCUUCAGCGGCGUCUCCUCGUCUGCCUCGUCCACCUCCUCUGCAUCGUUGCGCAACUCUCUCGCCAUGUCCUCCUCUUCCUCUCCACCCGAGGAUCAAUCCAUCGCCUCGUCCACGGCCACGACGACUGCCGCCUCCACACCGCCAACAAUCGACGUGUCCAGCAUCCUCUCGCUACUGGACGACGUCCAUCUAGACGAAGAAGACAAAAUAGAGCGGGUGCGGGACCGCCUUGGCCUCUGGCUCGAGGAGAUCGAAGGAGGCGUCAAGCCAUCUCCUUUUCGACUGGAUACGGUAGUUCUCGACCUCAUGCAUCGACACCGCGAAGACGUCAAUCCAACUGGCGCCUCUUUCCCUUCCUCCCCGCUGAGAAGACCAGGAUCGGCAAGGAGCUUCUCGGGCCAAAAUCUUCAUCGCCCUUGGACACCCUCCAAGACGCCUUCAGCUGCAUCGAUACAGAAUGGAAGCGAUGCACCUAACGCAGCGUUGUCACCGACCUCGAGCGCUCAUCUCGGUGGAGUACCCGCACCUCCGCGAAGUAGCAGCCCAGCACCCACGGGUCCAGACCCAGGCGUCAUCGGCUCAGGCAGUCCUCGCGGCUCACCCCGAUUCUGGAAUCGAGCCCCCGCACCUCUCUCUAUCUCCUCGACGCAUAGGGACAGCUUCGAUUCCACCGCGAGCAUAGCGGGCAGCUCCAGCAGCCCCUGGGGUGGUUUCAAUCUUCUGGGUAGUCCUUCAACUACCCCCGCCUCUUCAUCCACGGCGGGGUCCAGCAGUUGGCUCAACGCGCCCUCUUCGCCUCGCUCGGCUGUCCCACCUCCAGGUCUGCCAAGCACGGCCACGACCGCCAGUGCAGCCAGCAGCAGCGGAACGGGUUUGACUACCCCCGCACAAACGCAGAGUAGUAGCAGUCGCCCUACAUCGCCUUCGCCCUUUAACUCGCCACGCCUCAACGUCGCCGCGGUAGCGUUCAAGCCUCGCACACCCUCGGCCAGCACGAGCGCGAGCAGCACGGCUGGCUCCGUACUCAGCAGUAGCGCCGGUACAGGCGCCGGUACAGGCGCAGCGAUCAGUAUUCCUGCCCGCCGAGGGGAUCUCGCUGCCCCUGCACGUCGCUCUUCCAGUCAGGCUAUACUGCACAAGAAUCACCCGGUCGGAGCAGACGAUGAGGAUGAAGAUGAUGAAUUCUCGCCAUUCGCUGGCGCUCCUGCAAAGGCGGACGCCCUUGUCGCGCCGGGUAGUAGCUACUACAGUUCUUCUGGAGGAAGCAGCUUCGGUGAGGCAGGAGGGGAGAUGGCGCUCGCUGCGACUGCGGUAGCCGCAGGAGAGGAAGAUGAAACGGGCUUGAGUGGGGGUGCAGCCACUCCGUUCGAUGUGCUCUUUUCCAUCCUUUCGGGCGUGGGAGCCUCUUCGUCGGCUGGGACGGCGCAGUGGACUCCUGAACAAGUGGAAGAGGCCCUUGCUGCGCACAGCUGGGAUGUCGAGGCCACCUUGUCAGCCAUCGUCGACGCAGGGGGCAAGCCGCCUGCUGCCGGGUCCGCUCGCAACAGCAAUCUGACUGCUGCGGCUACUCGCUCGCCAAGACCACCGCCUACUGGACCUGCUAGCUGGGCCGGUGGAGCCACAGGGCGAAGCUCGAGCGGCGUCUCCCUCAUGUCGCGGGACGUCUUCUCCUCCAUUAGAGGCGGCACAGGUGGGAAUGGCUGGUCCUCUUCAAUCUCAUCUCGCUCUCGCCCUGGCGGACUAACUGGCUCUCCAGCGCUCAGCAACGCAUCCCCUCUGGCCAGCCCACAACCUUCACACUCCUCGGCUUUCGCUAGCGGAGGUAGCGGGCCCGUUGGACCUGGUAGAGUUUGCCGCUACUUCCUCUCGGGAGACUGUAGAAGGGCUGAUUGUCGCUUCUCUCACGACUUGAGCAAGGCGCUCUGCAAGUUCUGGCUCAGGGGACAGUGUCUUAAUGACCCGUGUCCCUUCUUGCAUGACGAGGGAGUGUUGCUCGCAUUGGCUAAUGGUGGAGCGCCCGGAGGUGGGGUGACGAGCGAUGCCGGGGACAAGGACGGUGGUCGGCAGUCGCAGCAAGUAGACGACUUCCCCGAGCUGCUACCCCCUUCAGGUCCAAGGGCGCAGCGCGCUGCUUCGGCUUCAACGAGCGGGCCGCCCGCAGGUGCGCCAACGGGUCCAGCAGCGAGCGAUCCAACGCGCUCACGCUGGGUCCAUGCAGUGCAGCGCAAUCCUGCCGCCUCCUCUUCGACUGGUCCAAUUGCAAGCGGAAUUACCACCCCUGUGGCUGCCAUGCUAGCGGGAUCGGCCCCAGGCUCAGAAGGAGCUAUCCAUCUACAAGCGCGCAACGCUCCCGUCACCCGCCCACCUCUGGGUCCACGAACCGCCUCCUCCACAUCCUCCACCGCCGGCCCAACGUCCACUGUCACCUCCUCCAAACCCCCCAAUCGCAUUCCUCUCCAUCCUCCCACCCUCCUCCCAACCCUAUCCCACGCUGCAGCCCACUACACCUCACAUCGCUCCUCCCUCCUCCCCCUCAUCGAACAACGCAAUCGUUGUCUCGCCCGAGCGUCCGAAGCGUUCCGUUCAGGGGAUGGGGCUGAAGCGCGACGCUGGAGUGCAGAAGGUCAAGCUUUGAAUCGCGAAGUGGCCUCGAAGAGCGGAGGCGUUGCGCGGGGGAUAGUGAGGGAGCGCAUGGCUGAAGUGAGGGAGAGGCUCAUGGGCGGGGGAGACGCGGCUGGUGGAGGUGGGGGGAUGGGAGUGGGUGGGUCGACUGAGCCUGCCGCGAGAGGGUUAAAGGGACGGGUUUUGGCCAAUGGGCUAGCCCUCUGCCUUGGUGUAGCGAGGAAAGAGGCCCUGCCCACUUCUGCUGGAGGGGCAAACUUGAGCGCGGCAGAGCGGACGGAGAUCCUGGUUGAUCUACAUGGACUGCACGCAAGUGAGGCAGUUGAGAUUGUGGAGGAGGUGUUGCUCUCCCUUGAAGAGGAGAGCGAGAUGCGCGGCUUGGUCUAUUUGGCCGUUGGUGUGGGCAAGCAUACGAGUGUUGCGACGGAUAAGCGCAGGGGUACACGGGUGAGCGCUGGGGUUAAAGGUUGGUUGAGCGGGUGGGGGUACCCGCACGUUGAGUGGGAGGGCGUCGUUGGGGUUGAUGGAUUGAGUCAUUGGUAACAACUAGGCGAUGAGUGGGCUCGAUCGUAAUGCGGGACGUAGAGAAGGGAGCGAAGGAGCUAGACGAUGGGGGAGAGAAGACAUGAAGAAUCCAGACUACCUGAAGAAAUCACAAAGAGGCAUUGCCCCGAGGUCUUGGAGUGGAAUGAUCAUUGUCUCUUGGGUACUCGUGACUAUCCUUGUUA